AUGUGUGCGGCCCCCAACAGGCAGCUGAGUGCCAACAGGCUGGAGGGAUCCAUACCGAGUAACAUCGGCACCAUCUCCACUCUCUCUGCGCUUGACUUCACCAACAACAAGCUGACAGGCGAGAUCCCACGCUCCCUGGGAGAUCUCGUGCUGCUCCAAUCAUUAAACCUGGAAUACAACAAGCUCUCAGGCACUGUUCCGCCGGGCAUUGGCAAGCUGUCCAAUCUUGGCUAUCUGAGCCUCGCACACAACAAUCUCUCGGGUCCCAUCCCCCUCGACGUGCCAACGCUUCCCAGCCUCACAUGGCUCUCGUUGAAUAACAACAAAUUCAACAGCUCCAUUCCACCAAGCAUCGGCACCCUCUCCAACCUCACCAGCCUGGCGCUAGACAACAAUCGCUUGAUUGGGCCCAUCCCCACAACAAUCUCGGGACUGCAGCAGCUCAAGUCCCUCAACUUGAGCAACAACGCCCUCAGUGGAUCCAUCCCAGACACCAUCUCUGCUCUCACCAGUCUUGAGGCACUGUGGCUGCAUGGCAACCAGCUUUCUGGCAAUAUUUCCGAUGGCAUUGGUAGCCUUACCAACUUGAUUCACCUGUCGCUGAGUUACAACUACUUCUCGGGCUCCCUGCCAUCAGGCAUCGGCGCCCUCACCAAUCUCACUCACCUGAGUGUGCAGCGCAACCGUCUCAACGGGACAAUCCCUGCCAGCAUUAGUGGCCUCGCAGCCUCCUUGAACCACCUCAACAUGAGUUACAACCCUCUCCGCGUGGAAGUGCCAGCACAGCUGGGGUCGCUCGCACAGCUCAUCCACCUGGACCUCUCAUUGUGUGUGCUGAACGGGACCAUACCCGACACCUUCACAGGGCUCACCAGUCUCGCCGCCCUUCGGCUCAGCAGCAAUGACAUUGGCGGAUUCGUUCCCCCUUCCCUCGCGCAACUGCGUCUGCUCAACGUCCUGGCCCUUGGUGGCAACAAGCUGCAGGGCAACCUGCCUGCGGAGCUCAGUGCUCUCCCUGACCUCCGUGUGCUUGACCUGGCCGGAAACAAUAUCAAAGGAAUCAUCCCCGACUCCUACUCCGCCCUCUCCUCUCUCGAGUACCUGGACCUGAGCUUCAGUGGCAUCACUGGUGGCAUUCCGGACUUCAUCGGACAGUUCUCCUCCUUGACUGUUCUGCGUCUUUCAUCAACGCCCAUAGGUGGCAGCAUCCCCAGGAGCAUCCGAGUCCUCACUAAUCUGCAGGAGCUGAGUUUGUUUGACUGCAACUUGACGGGAUAUAUUCCCCAAGUCAUUGGAUUGCUCUCUCAGCUCACAUUACUGGAACUCAAUGACAACAGACUCGAAGGCACCAUCCCUGGCUCGCUCGGAGAUAUGGUUGCGCUGCGUACAUUGUUGUUAAGGAACAACAGCAUCAUGGGACCCAUUCCAUCAUCCCUCGGAAAACUUCAAGGCCUUGUCUCCUUGGCACUGGGACAGAACAAGCUCACUGACACCAUUCCUGCAGAGCUUGGCAACCUCACCAGCCUUCGCAUGCUGGGCCUUGGGAUGAAUCAGCUGUCCGGGUCGAUACCAGCAUCCUUCAGCAGGCUGCAAUCUCUCGGAGCACUUUAUCUGGGGAGCAACAUGCUGGACGGCACCAUUCCUUCCACACUGGGCGCACUUAACCAGCUGCUGGGCCUGGACCUGUCAAACAAUACAUUUCAGGGGUCCAUCCCCGCGUCCUUCAGUGCCCUCUCCAACCUGCGAUUCCUUGACCUGGCCCAGAACAUUUUCAACGGCUCCCUGCCAGCCUUCCUUGGGAACUUGACGAACCUUGAUACCUUAAACUUCGCCGAAAACGAUUUUAACGGCAGCGUGCCGCGUCAGAUCGGGCAGUUGCACCAGCUGGAACUCCUUGACCUGAGCAACAACGCUCGACUUGACGGUAUCAUCCCUCCCAUCCUGGGGAAUCUCACCAAUCUCAACGAGUUUAACGUGGCCGGCACAUCACUCUUCUGCCCCAACACCUCGCUCUCCUGCAUCGCUAAGCCCAACCCGAAUACAGCCUUCUGUGAUUUCUGUCUGCAGUUCUGCACGCUCUGUCAGGGCGGCCCGAUAGCACCGCCAUCAACACCAUCGUCACCAGUAGUGCCACCGCUGCUACCGCCCCCCUCAUCAUCUGGACCACCAAUGCCGUUCCCCCCUAAUGGGGGAAACGUCCGAGUGCCGCCCCGGCCCGUCAACGUCACCACCGCGCCACCCAGCAGCCAGGGCCUGUCAGGGGGCGCCAUAGCUGCCAUUGUGAUCGGGCUGCUCAUUGUGCUCAUCACUGCUGCUGGCCUCGCAUACAUCGUCAUCACCCACAAGCCCGACUCGCCUGACCAUGAGGGUAUGGUGUAG